UAAAUGUACCAAGUUUUUCAGUUAAUUUCGUUUCUCAUGUGAAUCUAUCAUCAACUUUGUUAACUUAUCAGUCGACUUAUUGAUUUAUCCAAAUAACGAUAUUUAUAUCGACCUGUGAAUAAAACGAAGACAAAUCAAUCGAUUUGAUCAUCAUCAUUAUCGUUAUCAUCUUGUUAAAGAAAACAGGAAAUCAUAUUAUCAUCAUACUUUUUUUUUAUUAAAUCAAUCAGUUGAUUUGUUGAUAUUGAAAGUGUUUCUCAUUUUGGCUUUAGUUUUAAGUGUAAAUCAUAAUGAAACUUGAGCCCAAAAUAGACGAAAAAGUGAUCUCUAAAUGUGAAACCCUGUACCAGAAGAUAAAGAAAGAUGCACCAUGUAUAUCAGCCACCUCAGGAUCUCAUGUUUGGGAUGAGAAACCACCCUGGUUUGAUGAGCUGAAAUUCAAACAGGGCCAACAAGUUGCAGCUAAAUAUUUUGCCAGUAUCUUUUUAAGCCACACAAUCGGAUUAACGAUACUGUUCAAUAUUCCCACCAUGAUAACCCCACUGGCGGCAACUCGAACCCACGCCAGUGUCUCUAAAUUAUUCAUUCGUUACCUGGCAGUUUUUAUCCAUGUUAAAAAAUGGUACGAAUCAGAUCCCUAUGAAAAAGGUAGUGCUGGUUAUAAAUCAUUGAGAACCGUCAACACUUUUCACAAAAGGGUCGGUAACGAUAUGAACAAAAAUGUUAUCGAACCAGGUAAGAACCCGGUAUGGAUAAGCCAGUACGAUAUGGCCGUUACCGUUUGGUGUGUCAUCGCCCCGAUAAUCAUGAACCCAGCCAAGGUGGGAAUCCAUGGGAUAACUCGUGGUGAGGUUGAAUCGUUAAUGCACGUUUGGGCUUGUAUUGGACGAUUACUUGGAGUCGAGGAUCGGUACAAUAUAAUGACGGGAACCUAUGAUGAGGCUUAUUACCUUUGUACCAUAAUCAAAGAUCGUGAAUAUAAGCCUGUCAUUGAUUCAUUAACAUUUCCAGCAUCCGUUGGAUUUGAAACAUGUAAAGGAAUCGCUAUUGGCCUACAACCUAUCGCACCUUUCGUGUCCCUUCAGGGUUUCAUGAGAUAUUGGUACACAAUUUUUGACUUUAAGGUUGACGUUCCGGUGGCCUCACCUUGGGCCGAGCGAACUGGUUUCUUUUUACUCCACUUUAUACUUCGACUUCCCUUUGGACAAUAUUUUUUCGCCCUUUUGGUCAAAUAUUUCCUUCAAUAUUGUGACAAAAAUCGAACCACUAUUGCCUCUAAACUCGAGAAACUUUAUCCCGACGAUGUGUUACCUUAUAUAUCACCUGAUACCUUUCAACCUGCUCAAUUAUUAUCUCAUUCGGUGUCUUCACCCUGAAUUCAGUCAAUCAUGAAUUCCAAGUGUUCAAAAUAAUCGGAAAAAAGUUCAAUACAAAUCAUUGGAUCAACUUGACUCGAACCAUUUAAAACUAUUUAUAUUACCUCAUAUCUUUACAUUUAUAUUAUUUUUUACUCUCAAUUAAUCACAAUCUGAAUCAAUAAUUCAACUCUUCUCCAUCCUUGCACAAUAAACUCAAUUAACUGUUAGCCUUGGAAUCAUAGCCAACAAUCAAAACUUUUAAUUAACUUCCUGAUUAAACAAAUGACAAUUUCUGUCUCCCUGCUUUCUAACGACACCUAUUGGAUUGCAAAGGAAUUAGAAUUUUGAUUUUUUUUCCUUCACUUGGUAAACAAGUUAAUCAAAUUAAGAUUAAUUAUAAUCACCGAUAUUGACCACUGACCAUUAAUUAGAGUAAUUAUAUCAUAUAAAUAACUAUUAAUUAAAGACUUUGAUUGAAAUCUA